CUCCAACCGCAAAUACCGACGCCAUAUCAACGAGAAUGCGCUGGGCAUUAUACGCAGCACCUUGAAUAGCGGGGGCUUUGGGCCCCAGGCGCCCAACAUGAAUAAGGAAUUGGGCAUACCAUCGAAUGCCGGACCCAUGAAUCAGUUGGCCGCCGGCUAUCAACGUCCGCUCUCGCAUCCCGGCGGCGGCAGCGGGGUGGCUGCCGCUGCGGCCGCAGUGACCGCUGCGCAGCAGGAGAAGGGCAUGUUCAGCAUUAGUCAGCUAAACCUGGAGAUAACGGAGCAGCAUGUGGGCAGUAAUGGACGCAUGGAGAUCACAUGCCUCUCCACGAUACCAUCGGCGGUCGGACAGGGAGAGCAGUAUGCCGAUUACAAAACGUUUUCGGUCAAAGUGGAGGUUGAACGAUAUCAGGUAUCUUCCACGUCUACAGCACCACCAAGCAUUGGCAUGGCGGCGCUCGGAAAUGGCAACGGCCACGGAAAUGAGACCUCGGCCGGGUGGAGAGCGCGUGGCGUUAUCCUGACGCAUCUGUGGUCUCUGGCGCCACUGCUUGUGUUCGUGCUGCUGCCACUGGGCUACUAAGCAGCUAUCUGCAGCAAAGUACGGAGCUGCUAUUAAACUGGAGGAGAGAAGACCACCGACAUAGUAAAAGGUACAGUAAUCCAAAACCAAGGACACUCACUGCAGCGACAUCGAGAGGAAGAGCAAGGACAACACAUGCAAGAUAGCUUUUACAUACACACACACACACAUGAUGUGCACCAAUUUUUCAUUUAUUUCUACAAAGGCUACAAAUUAGCCAGAGUAUUAAGCAGAAAAUGCAAAAAGAGAAAACUAUAGAGCGAGUGCAUGAACAAUAAUCAUUUUUUCGGCUCGUCCUGGCUAGCUAAUUCCCCACAGUUUAUUUGUAAAUAAUUGCAAAGCUGAUGCAAUAAACGAACGAACACAAAAACACAGAAGAGAAAUAUUUGUAAUUAAAUUGCAGUCAUUCUGAAAAACGGAGACAAUUUUUGUAGCAUAGCGAAUUUUUGUAUAGUCAAUUGAGCAUUCCCCAAUGAAGUCCCAAGGAAGUGCUCCGACUGAAGCCAUUGAGAAAACUGAAAAGUGGACAAGGGAAUUGUUUUGCUUUUCAAAGGUCAGCCACAGUUGCAGUUGGCGUUUUCGACCUAGCCAGAAAUUUUUUGCAGUGAAAAAAAAAAAUACAAAAAAAGGAGAAAAACUAGAUGAGACCACAAAAACUAUAUUGGAAAAGUUUUUGGAGAACUUAAGCAGCCAUCAGCAGACUGCUUGGGCCAAUGUACCUAAAAAUGCAAAAGAAAAGUUAUGCAAACAAAUGAUAUUUUUUAUGGUGUUGUAAUGCUUUCGCUACUGAGAGAGAAUGUUGAGGAGAUAUUGAUAGAGAGAGAUGGCAAAUUUAAGGCUAAGUUAAAGGCAAAAUUGAAUUUAGGCCCUAGAAACAAAAAGUUAAUUAACCCCCCAAAUGAAGAAAAUUAAAUGUUUAAAUGUAAAAUAAUUAGACAGUUAAACCAAGAAGCUUACAAAUACAAUCAGUGUUGAAAACAUUUUGAGACAACAACAACAAGAACAAAACAAAAAGUAAAGAAAUGUAAUGAAAUGUAAAGAAAAGGCGUCGAAAUGAGCGCAAUCUGCGGCACGUGGUGAAUCUAGAAAAGGGUCAACCCGAAUGGCUGAACUCCCUUUUUUGCGAUUGUCGCUAAAAGCCGCCUGUCCUCGUGCUAAACUUACACUUGCAAUUACACCGCUUAUUUAUUUGUACUCAUUUAGCCUUUAUUUGCGCUCUGUAAAUGGUAAAUGGUAAUUGUCGAAAUGGAUCGUCUAAUAAAUAAGAGUACGAGUAGUUAGGAAAUUAUAUUCAUUUUGCCCUUCGCACACUUUUCGUUUUCAAUUCUGUUUUCGGUCGUCGUAAGAUAUUUAUAUGUAUGUAUAAUCAUUGUGUAUGGAUAUAUACAUAUAUAUAUACAUAUAUACAAUUUACUAGGAUAUUUUUCAAACGCGCUUUAAGUGUCUACUGCUAAACGAAAAUCCUCUUUAAACGCGUAGCAUACAUUGUAACUAAUUAAAAUACUUAUGUAUAGUCGGUAAGUCGGACAAGAACAAAAACCAAACACACACAAAAACCAAAGAGCACAGCGCAAAGUAAAUAUGUGUAAAGCAAGUAGCAAACUAGUCUAUAUAACAACAUACACUAUAUGUGUGUGCAUCAUAUAACUAGCUGUUAGCAAUGAUUUUUAACUUCAAAAUCGAUGAAAGCUAAAGUAAAAAUCGAUAAUAUAUGUAAAUUAUAUAUAUAUGAAUAUUACGCCUGCAAAACAUUUUCCUACAGUUUGAUGAAAUAGCUAAACUAAAUUAAAUUUAAUAGAGUCGAACAAGUUUCGGCGCAAAUAGUUGAAACAUUUUCUAACGGUUGUUCAAAAAGGCAUUAGUUUUACAAUUAAACAUUAAACGAAAAAUGAAAAUUCAGAUUGAAAAAAGUAAACCCUUAGUUUCAGUUCAAGGUAUCAACAGCGUUUGGUGCAUUGAUAUAAACUGAAUGCUUUAUUGAAAUAACAACAUACAAACAAUACAAUUUUUUAUAAACGAAAACGAAAUGAUAAAUGCAACUUACAAGAAGUAUAUACUCGUAAUUACAUACAACAUGGUAUAACAAAGUUCAUAUUAUAUAUAAAAAGAUAUGGCUAAAAUGUCUUAUGCAGGUAUUGACGUCUUCCUAUGCUACGCUGUCUAUUAUUAACUAAACAAAUAAUUAAUAAACAAAAAUGAAAACAUUUAUAAAAUAUACUAUAAUUAACUAGCUAAUAGGUAUAUUCUAAUAUAUGCAAAAAUAAGUACUUACAUGUGUAUAUUUUGUGUGUUGAAUUGAUAACAUUUGCAAGAGAAUGGUCGAAAUGAAGUACACUCAGAUUAUACAAAGAAAGUAUAUAAGCUUUAACUAUAAAUGAUUUAUUUUAAGUGAGAAUCUAUGGACUUUUACUUUUUCCAUUUGUGUUACAACACUUUUGUUUUAAGUUGAUUCAUGCAGAAUUCAUUACAAUGACGUGAAUUAGUUUCAAAUUCUACGGGCAAAUGUUUCCCACCAAUCUAUACCCUCUACUUUCCACUCCAAUUCAUUUCUCAAUUCAUUGCAUACAAAACGUACAUACUCAUAAGAAAUAUUUGUUUCAAAAAACGAAACAAUCUCUUACUAACUCAAUAUCUACCUAUCAUACUCGUACAUUACGUGUAAAUCUGUGUGUUGUGUCUCGAAUCCAUUCAUCCAAUAUCUGUGUGUUAAUGCUUUAAUUCUACGGAAGUAAGUCCAUGCACUGAUCCAAGCAUGUUAACAUGUACACAUGUCUAAUUAAACGAUGACAGAUAUCUAUAUCAAUAUAUAUAUACAUACAAAAUUAUAUACGACAUAACUCGUUAAAAAAAGUUCUAUGAACAUUUGAAAAUUUAACUGUCACAGCAAUUCGCAAAACAUAUCAUAAAUGUUGUACAAUUUUCUGUGUUAAAGUGGAAAAACCAAAAAGCAAAAAAAAAAAGAAGAACGAUAUAUUAAAAUUGAAUAAAUCAUAUAAGAUAUAUGUUUAUGCCUUGACAGGUGUCUUUAAGAAAUUUGUCCAAACUUUCCCGCAAAUUCUAUCAGUUAAAAUUAAAGGGAUGUUAUUAACACCUCGAUGUCAUUAAAGUAUUUGACGGAUAAUUUAAAAUUGAUCUGCAUCUGAACACAUAUGAAACCACAAACCGCAACAAAAAUCGAGAGACAAUGGCAGCAAUUAACAGUAAAGCAUCAGAGUGGGUGGCAGACAUAAUUGCAAUUAACAUAAUUUAAUAAAAAUUUAAUUGUUUAAUUGUGCUUUUUGUAAAGAGGCACCAAUAUGCAAAUUAACAUAAAGCAGAAUAAUCAUUGAAUAUAAUUUCACACACAGCAACA